CCAUCAAUUAUAAUACACCACCUUCCUCUCUAACUGUAGCUGAACUGCCACCUAUAAUCAUCAAUUAUGAUUCCCUCCCAAGUAGGAUAUAAAAAGAAAACCCCUUAAACCAUUUUCCUCACUCUCAAGUCUCAAGUAGGCGCGUAUAUAUUUCUUUAUCUCCAUUCUCAACACUACAAUGAUGGCUAAAGAAUCCAUCUUAUUACUAGUCAUCACCUUGUUCUCUAUCACAGCUUCAGCUCAAAAGGUGUCCCCCGUUCAGUCUCCACUAUCACCACCGCAAGGAAUGAACACGGCUCCCCUCGUACCCGCAUCACCCGCGGGUGCUCCUAUCGCCGCCACCACCACCAUUGACAUUCUCCAAAUCCUCACCAAAGCAAAGAGAUUCUCCAUCCUCAUCCGUUUGCUAAAGACCACACAACUCAUCAACCAACUCAACUCACAACUCUUCACUUCAUCUUCCUCAGGACUAACCCUUUUCGCUCCCGAAGACAACGCCUUCUCAAACCUAAAACCGGGAUUCCUCAACUCUCUCGACGAUAGACAAAAGGUGGAGCUUUUGCAGUUCCACACUCUCUCUUCAUUCAUCUCCAUCUCCAACUUCGACACCCUCACCAACCCCGUUCAGACCCAAGCAGGCGAUGACUCCCUAAGGCUUCAACUCAACGUCACCACUUACGGAGGCAACAGGGUCAGCAUGGCCACCGGCGCCGUUAACGCCACCGUCACCGGAACCGUGUACACGGACAACAAACUUGCCGUUUAUGAGGUGAGUAAAGUGCUUGUUCCGCUUGACUUUGUACUUCCCAAGGCUAAGGCUCCGUCGCCGGCCAAAGGAAUCUCGCCGGGGUCUUCCGCCGGCGAGAGCGGGAAGAGCGGAAGCGGUGAUGACGUGAUUCCGGUGGACUCGGGUUGUGUGAGUUUGAAGGUGGAGAAAGUGAUGUGGAUGCCUAUUGUUCUUGUUCUUGUUGUUGGAGUCAUGAUGUGAGGUUGAGUUUCUAUAUAUAUUCAACGGUCACGAUGGAGUUUGUGAUUGUUUUUUUGUGCAUACUUUUGGGUUUUGACUUGUUUACUUGCAGCAUUCGGUGUAAUGCAUGUGUGCUUUUCUUUUUUUAUUAAACUGUAAUGUAAUUUUGUUUCUUAAUUCAAAGACAGGAAUAAUUAUCCUUGUUUUUUCG